AACAAAUUGUAUAAAUAUAUAGCACGGACGGUUUAACAUAAGAUUCUAUGAAAGGCAACUGAUUAGUCAGAAUAUUUAUCCCUCCAUCCAUUUUCAUCCGCUACCGGCGAUAAGCGGUAACGGAUAAGCGUCCUAGCCGGGAUUUUGAUUUUGCCCAGCAGGUGAACCCUGGGGUUCCACACCAAUGACAGCGACAUUGCCUCUGGGCCAAAGCGCCGCUACUCAGAAUAUUACAAAUGCCUUUUUAACAUCAUUUGGUGGAGAUGCACAACGGCGCACCUGCUGAAUUAUACUCAGCUGUGGAAGGAGGAGGAAAGACGUAGCUCACGUUCAGGGCCCGACGGUGAAACGCGGAAGAGACGCAAGAGGAAACGAGUGUCCACGUCACUGACGGGGGGGUGUCAUAGUGGUUUCACAGUCACAGCAGCCGUGUUACCUUUCGCCGACAACCUUGUGUCUUGAGGUGAAAAGAACAGCACGUAUGAACUCGGAGGAAGGACACAUCCAGCCGUUCCUGCUCUGAGCCGCGGCCUCGGUCGGUGGACAAUCACCGGAUUCAGCUCAAGACUGCCAGUGGUGGUGCUGAAAGCACUAGUGGAAGACAAAUACACACCUAGUCAUGAGGAAUCCGGAAGAGCAUCGCUGCUAUUUGGAAGAACAGCUGCACACAGCGCUGGCACAGACACUACAUUUAGCCUGUAGUACCAGGCAAAGAGUGCUCCACUCCCUCAGCUUCUAAAAAAAAUGUGUGAAUCAGGCUCGCGUCGUUCCACCCUUGCUUCACGCCUGCCCAUUUUCCGCCGCAGCAGCAGUAAGAAGCAGGACUCUCUCCCAUCCUCUCCCUCUUCAGGUGGAGUUGGGAAUGGUGUCCACACAUCUUCACCCUCCAGCACUAACUCCAGUUCUGGAAGUACAGGAAAACGCAGGAGCCUUUUUCGUGCUCCAUCUCUAGGCUUCUCGGCAAAGCGGAACAGCAAUCCUCGUGUCCAGCCAAUUAACCUAAACUUUACUCCACAACAGACACAGGGCAUUGAUGCAAAUGGCAAUAACCAGACACCAAUAAGUGUGUCAACAGGUUUUGUUCAAGGUGAGGGGCGCUCCAAGUCACGCCACUCAUUAGGGUUUGGAAGCCACAGGCAAAAGAAAAUAACUCGGUCUCACACGGAAGAUUUUGAAAAAGCGUCUUCUUCCACGACCUCCAUGACCAAUCGUAAUGUGUUUAUUAACUGCAUCAGUGGCUCAGGGGCUAAUGAGGGUGAUGACUCAGGGUUCCUUGAUGACUACAGCAGUGCCAGUAAUAACAACAAACGUACAUCACACCACAAGAAACAGCUCUUACCUAAAUCUUUCUCCUCCAACCACCGCUUCUCCAGAACAUCUGACCACCGACCUCCAGAGGUGAACGUCAUACUUCCAAGCUCUACAACCCUAACUCCAGGUGGUGUAGGAUUCACUCCUGGGUCGUGGCCAGGUGAACUGAUAGGUGCUGGAGGUAAAAGCUCUCUGCAGUCCCCUCUGAUAUCAGAAGACCGAACCACAGCUAUCACACCUUUAGAGUUCAACCCCAUCACUGAAGAUUCUGUAUCUGAUGUGGAUGCACUGCCAGCACCAAGGCCUGGGUCUGCUAUAGCUCCUGGACCUGUGUCUAUUCCUGGACCAGCUACUGAAGCAGCUAGACCUGAUCCUCCACCUGUCAUAGAGAACAACAACUUGGUCGCUCCCACUUUCCAGGCUUUUCCCACUUCUGCACAGUCCAACGCUGAAAAACCUUUAGCCCUGGACACCAGCACAGCCAACAACACAGAGUAUGAACCUGAGACAGCGUUGGCCUGUCUUCCUCCACAGGAACGGGAACAAACACUGGAAGACAAGGAAGAAUAUGUGGAGCCCGAGAUGAAGGAGGCCAGAGAAGAAGUCUGGGCACAGGAGCGAAAAGACCCAGUGCAUGAAGAGAAGGCAGGUUAUCUCACUGAGACCACGAGCAAAAGUGAGGCAUGCGUGGUAUGCAGCGAGGGGUGUCACUCCAACCCAGAGCAAUCGGACAGAAGGCCAAGAAAAACACACUCUAUGCAGGAGAGAGGAAGCUUCUGGGGUUGCCAUGAGCCCAGACCUUCUCACUUGAGGAAACCACACACAGCCUCUAUGUGCAGCAGCGUUAGCCCCUACCAUGAGGUAAUGAGGAUGGAACGGCGUCUACGCUCCUCAUCUGAGGGGGCAGGUGGCCUUCACAUCCAUGGCAACCACAGAGAUGCCCCGGCCAUGGGGGAUUGUGGUCUGCUCAAACACAGGCACAACUCCUCAUCAUCCAAACUCGGAAGUCUGGACGUAUUAAAGAACCUUGGUUCCUCAGAGCUGGACGAGGAUGAUCUCAUGCUGGACCUCGACUUCUCUGAUGAUCAACGGCAUCGACAAGUGUCCAGAGAAGACUCCAGCCAAUCCCUGACCUCCUGUCUUAACCUGCCGCACUCACCAAUGGACCAAUCAGGAGAUCGCAUUCUGGGCAAAGACAACCAUCAAAGGGAGCCAAGCCAUCUAACCAGCCUGCUGCCAACUGACUGGGGCUUAGCAAUGGGUGUAGGAAAAGAAGAGGAGUCUUUACUCCCUGGGCUGGAGGCUCUUCCACUCAGACUGAUGCAGCAGGACUGCACUGCUGUCAAAACCCUGCUUUUAAGACUGAGGCGAACACUGCAGGAGAGCACAGAGACAAGUCCCGCCAGCAGCCUGCAGUCUCUACCCAUCAGCCCUUGCAGUGAAAAAUCACUACCAUUCAAGGAUCCCAGCAGAGAGGAAGUCCUGCUGCAGCAACUGAGGGAGAAAGAUGAGCUGAUUCUGAGACUCCAGAUUGAACUGGAGAAUGCCAAAGCUGCCCUGAGGACAAAAGACUGCCAAAUGACUGAUCGAGUAACACAGACAGAGCAUGGGGGGGUGGAGACCAGUCAUCCAGGCAGGUGGUCAGGUCUAGGCAGCAGCAGCAGUUUACCUCUAAGGGCCCGACGAGCAACGCGGGCUGUGGGAUUAUCAGUCACAGGGGACCCCUGUAACCAGCGUCACUCCAUUCACUAUUUAUCUCUGCAAGGUCAGCCCACUUCCUCUGAUAGAAAUACUGCCAGGGAAGAGGGCCACUGCCUGGGCGUCCUGGCACAGACCUCACCCCAAAACCCACCUACACCUCUGGCUCCAAACUCCUUUGCUAAUUCUGCUGCUUCAGCCAUGUCUACACCCAACACUACAGCCUCCACUCAAGUGUCCUGUUCCUCAGUCCUAAGUCCAAAUCAAUGCUCCAACUCAGCUGCUAACUCUGCUGCUAUUCCAUCCCUACAGCAGGAAGAGGGGGUGUCCUCUUCCUGUGAGUCCUUGACAUCAGGCAGAGGUGGAUGGAGUUUAUUAGGUGGAACAAGGAGAGCAGGUGGAGAGCACCAUCACCGCAACCAUAUCCCUCGUACAAUUGGUGCGAGUGCGUCGUCGAGCGUCCACAGUCUGGCCAGCAGGGGCAGUCCUUCUUUAAGCAUCUCAUUGUCCAACCAGGCCUCUCCUCCACCCCCUACGUCCUCCUCAGCAUCCUCAUCUUCCUCCUUCUUCUCCUCCACAUCUGCAGCAUUUGCAAGUCGUUUGGGACAGCCCCCUCGUGGUCCUCUGUCUCUGCAUAGCUACAGUCGUAAAAAUGUCUUCCUGCAACAUUCUCUGCACACUGCCGAACUGCAGGCUCUGACGCAGAGAGACAGUUGAGGCCACUUACAGCCAUAUCGAUGACGCCAGAGACAAAAUGUAUGACUUGAUUUAAGAAAAGAAGAAAGUGCUGCUGCUCCCUCUGUGCACGCUGCUUAGUCUCUCACUCUCCCUUAACCAUAAACCACAUGUGCUUAACGUCCCACUUGUUUCACCUCACAAUGAAAACCAACCAUUUGUUCAGUGACACACAUACAUACACACACACACACACAGACACACACACACAUUGUGUCUGUGAGCAUGUAAAAGGCAUUCGCCUGUCUAUCAGAACUCCCACAUUGUGUCAUGCUGACAAUUUAGAUGUGUUUACGCCCACAGACACAAAAGUGCACACUGACUCACAACCUCUUAUCCAAACACACACACACAUACACCCCCUCUAACACACACAUGCUGUCUGUUUCAGACAGCGACGUCUUCAGUAAAGACCCAAAUGUUUCUGCGUCUCCAUCUUAUCAAAGGACAGGAAUUUAAACCUUUACAAAGUCAUGGGUAUGUGUGUGUAUGUUGGAAUGUAUGCGUUUGCUUUUUUUAUAAUCAUUAUUUUCAUCUAAUGUCAUUUUUAUUAAUGAAAACUUUGGCACAAAGACACAGAUACACACGUGUUGCCAAAACUCCAGACACAGUCACAUUGUCUCGCGUCAACCUCAAGCAAGAAGAACAGACAACAGGUUUUUCACGUUUAAAAUAUUAUUCAUGCAUGCUUUUUAAACUUUAACAAAAAUACAGAAGGUCCAGUUGUGCUGCACAAAUGGCGGAAUCAGCGUCUUUCAAUAACGUUAGAUUAUACUCCUCAAAAAAAGAAAGUCUGCUCAGAUAUAAAGAAAACACCUCUCCAUCCUUCCCCCAAAACAAAGAGAUUACUCACUCCCUGAGCACAACACUGGACAGCUAUUUUAUAUGCAGUAUAAUCUCCAUUAUUUACACUCAAUAAUCUGUGCCUGCAAUGUUAGAUUAGUAUAGUACAAGAGUUUUAUUCUAAACCAAGAUACCAUCACCCUGCACGCUUAGCAAACAGGAACAGAGGACGAUGACAUUUAACUGAACAAUUCUGGAAUUGGCACAAUUGGUGUGUGUGUGUGUGCGUCUGUGUGUAGGAGUUUUAUCAGGUUUUAGAUUGAAGCUCUUCAGAUCUUCUGUAGGGCUGGGUAUUGAACAGGUAUUCACUCUGGUGCUUUGCUGAAUGUCAAUAACCAUUUUUAGAAAUACAAAGAGGGAAAAAUAAAUACUUCAGUUGAAGCCUAACAGCUGCCUUUUUUAUUUUAUUAUAGGAAUCAGCGUAAACGCCAUUGAGUGAAGAAAAAUAGCUGAUUGUUGUUUACUUGAUCAAAUAAGGAGAGAACCCCCCCACCCCCCUCC